CCAUAUACCCUUAUGUGUGUUUGCUAUAGGUGAGGUAGAAUUUACACAGUCGCACAGGGAGUUAGCAAGCGUGGUGACAUGAGCUCAGAUGUGUUCAGUACACACUAGGAACUGUUUUGUAGUUAGGACUUCCCAAUUCAAGUCACACACAAAAAGGAUCUGCACCAGAAGCUGGGUAUCACCUGCUUUAUAGACUCUCCUAGCACUCUGAAGAAAACUGCUUCUUUGCCACCCCAGAAGUUUCCGCCUCUGUAUUCAGUGUUUGGUUCGAUACUGGCUGCUCUCCUGAUUUUCUUGUCCAUACUAAGUGUAACAGUACACUGAAAGGUAUGUCUCAUAUUCCUUUAAGACUCAUUCAAGCCUAGUCAGAAACUACAUGUUCUUCGGAGUGAGUUAGAUUGCUGCAAAGAGACCAUGUUCCUGUGCUAACGUGAUUUUGAACUGCUUGCGUUAUUUUCUGCGGCAUUCUCAUGUGAAUGUGGGAGUUAGAGAUGAGUGCUGCUCCACAGAUCUGAAUCAUUUUGCCUGGAGUUAAUUUAUGAAAUCCUUUCAUUGAAGUGCUUGGACUCUCUCCCAGUGUUCUUUCGCAAAAGCAGCAGACUUAACAUCCACAUCUCAUCAACAGGCAGAGUUCUGCUAAACCUUUUCAGGUUUGAGAACCUCUGCAACUCCCACCCACAGCUAUACUUACUGUACUAGUCCUUUUGCCAUGGAAGCUGAAGAAACGAUGGAGUGUAUCCAGGAAUUUCCUGAACACUAUAAGGUUAUUUUGGAUAGACUGAAUGAACAACGUGAGCAGGACCAGUUUACAGAUAUCACUUUGAUUGUUGAUGGUCACCAUUUCAAAGCUCAUAAGGCGGUUCUUGCUGCCUGUAGCCAGUUCUUCUACAAGUUCUUCCAAGAUUUCACUCAGGAGCCCUUGGUGGAGAUUGAAGGUGUAAGUAACAUGGCAUUUCGUCACCUAAUUGAGUUCACAUAUACAGCAAAACUAAUGGUCCAAGGUGAAGAAGAAGCAAACGAUGUUUGGAAAGCAGCUGAGUAUCUACAGAUGUUAGAAGCGAUCAAAGCACUUCAAAUCAGGAACAAAGAAAACUCAUCUCCUUUAGACUCAAAUCAAGCACAAGGAAACAAACCAAAAAAGAGGAGGGUAGCUGAAACCUCUAAUGUUAUCACAGAAACACUUCCAUCUGCAGAAUCGGAGCCUGUGGAAAUUGAGGUUGAGAUUGCGGAAGGCACAAUUGAAGUGGAAGACGACAGCAUUGAAACACUUGAAGAAGUAGCUUCUGCAGAGCAAUCCAUAAAGUACAUACAGACCACAGGUACAUCAGAUGAAUCUGCAUUGGCUCUUUUGGCAGACAUUACCAGCAAGUAUCGUCAGGGGGAGAGAAAAUCCCAGAUCCAGGAAGAAGGUGAUAGUGCAACUGAUACCUCGUGCAAACAGGUAGAAGGUAUUGAAAUUGUGGAACUUCAGCUGUCACACAUGAACAAUUUAUUCCACUGUGAGAAAUGUAAUCGUUCAUUUAAAUUGUUUUACCAUUUCAAGGAACACAUGAAAACACACUCCACUGAGAGUUACAAGUGUGACAUAUGCAAUAAAAGGUACCUACGAGAGAGUGCUUUGAAACAGCACCUCACUUGUUACCACCUUGAUGAAGGUGGUGCCAGCAAGAAGCAAAGACCUGGCAAAAAAAUCCAUAUAUGCCAGUACUGUGAUAAACAGUUUGAUCACUUUGGACAUUUUAAAGAGCACCUCCGGAAACACACAGGUGAAAAACCAUUUGAAUGUCCAAACUGCCAUGAACGUUUUGCUAGGAAUAGCACACUCAAAUGUCACCUGACAGCCUGUCAGUCUGGAGCUGGAGCUAAAAAGGGAAGAAAGAAGCUGUAUGAAUGUCAGGUUUGUAACAGCGUGUUUAACAGCUGGGAUCAAUUCAAAGAUCACUUGGUAAUACACACCGGUGACAAACCCAACCACUGUACCCUAUGUGAUUUGUGGUUUAUGCAAGGCAGUGAGCUGAGAAGGCAUCUCAAAGAAAUUCACAGUAUUUCAGAGCGAAUAGUGACAGAAGAGGUUCUUCCAGUGGAAGCUGUGGAAGCUGAACCAGUAACAUCAAUGACUAUAAUAGAGCAAGUGGAGCAAGUCCAUGUUCUUCCAGUAAUUCAGGUACAAGUGGAUCCUGCACAGGUAACUGUGGAACAGAUGCACCAGGAUCUCAUACAGGACAAUCAAGUGAAAGGCACACAGGUGGAUGAACUGCAAGAACAGAUGCAGAUUAGUUACUUGGAAGUUGAACACAUUCAGACUGAACAAGGUGCUGAAGUUCAUGUGGAGCAGUUACAUGUUGAGCAUGUAAAUCAGAUACAGAUGGAAGAAGUACAGGCAGAACUUAUAGAUGGAACAGAACUUGAACAAGUAGAAUAUGGAAGUGUUGAUCAAGGAAAACCAGAAGAAAAGAAACCUAAUCAAGUAGACGGUGGAGAUAAGGAAGAUCAUGAACAAGCUGAAGGCUUAAAGACUCAACAGUUAGUGGACAUGCAGAACAAAAAGGUGAACAACUAGGACAAAUAACAACACUGUGCAGAUACAUGAAUUAAAUACCAAGUUAUUUUUGUUAACUUUUA